GCGUUCGCGACCUUUUUCAGUGUGCAUGGUGCAGCACUCAAGAAAGCAAACAGAGAACAAUUUAAAAGACUACAGCGCCGCUGAGGCGGGGUAUAAAUACAACAAAAACGUAUUAUCCAGAUGCAAACCAGGGGACCUGUUAAGAUUUCCCAGGAAAUGCUACUUUCAUUUCGUUGUGUACGCGGGAGAUGGAAACGUCAUUCACGUCACAGUGGAGCGGCGCGGCUGCGUCCCUAUCAACGUACAGGUCAAAGAAGAAUCAUUCUGGAAAGUUGUCGGAAACAGGAAAGCCGAUAUCUGCAACUACAAGGACGACACCCACACCGCGUUCUCAGGCCCAGAGAUAGUGGAGAGGGCGCGGUCUCGGCUGGGGAAUUUCGAAUACAAACUGCUGAAGAACAACUGCGAGCACUUCGCCACCUGGUGCCGCUACGGGGAGGGAACCAGCAAGCAGGUAGAUGGCUUCAUGUUAGGACGGCGCGCUGCUAGACGACUGCGAAGACGUUCGUAAGGAGACUCCACUGAUGCCUGUGUUACGACAAAGAUUGAUAUGAAAGAUUAAAAUCUAGCUACAUGUAUCUGGCCAAA